AUGGCCUCCACAUCUUCGGCUUCGCAUUAUGCAACCCCAAAGGCUGCUCGGGCUUCUCGGGGCAAAGAGCUGGCCAAAGUGGCGUUAAUGCUGUACAUGUCGUCAAAAGAAGAUUCUGGGAAUGCAGCCAAUAUUCAAUCACCACCUAAUGUCAACAAUCUUUCCACCGCUAUAACUAAUAGUGACUCGCCGUCACAUGUCUCACCCCCGGCUGCUAUUCAAGAUGAAGCUACACAACUGUCUCCAGAAUCAGAGAGCCAAUCUCGGCUACUUCUAGAGGUUGUCAUUUUUUAUAUCGGAGAAACGCAGCAUCACUUUGACAUUCGCGAGUUCUCCGAUCGCCUUGAUUUGUUCUAUGCCAGCCCGCACGACGCGGCGCAGCAGCAGAAAACACCAUGGUUUCUCGAGAUGCUACUUGUUCUCGCUAUCGGGAAGUUAUUUUCUGGCGAUUUUGACGAUCAUAACGAGAUACCAGGAACCAAACUAUUUAGCUAUGCAUACAAGAAUCUUCCCACCUUGGGUGAACUUUAUACACAUGGCGUGUUGGGCGUGGAGAUUCUUGCUCUGGUCGCAGUAUACCUGCAGAAUCUCAAUCGAAAGGAUGAGGCCUAUCUACACAUAAGCACUGCUUUGCGGCUUGCAAUCUCCCUAGGUUUACAUCGCCGUUCCGGCACCAAGCAAUUUGUGCAUUCUCAAAAGGUCCAUUUGAAUCGACUUUGGUGGACAAUCUAUAUGCAAGAACGCCGCUCAGCUGCUGCUACCGGAAACCCGUUCAGCAUAGAUGACGAUGCAAUUGAACUGGACAUGCCGACAGAGUGUGUAGGCUACCCGACGGCUGGUCCAUUAAGAACCAACUGCAAGGUCUCGAAGGUCUUGGGCCGAAUUAUUUCAGUCAUAUACGGCCCUCGUCACCUCGUCGAAGAUACAUUUGUUCCAAAUGUCCGAGAAAUCGUCAAAUCAAUAUUUGACAUUGCUCAAGAGAUUCCGCCGGUGACAGCGGCGAACUACCCUGUAAUAUUCGGGUUUUUCGACUUCGACGCAGUCUUCAGCGCCGCCUUCGUGAUGAUCCUCUCAGCAAUCAUCGACUCUAUCGCCACAUCCGAUGGAUGUCGAAGGCAUACUAUUCAACCACCGGGUCUCCGGGACGCAAUAGAGACAAUGCAGUACCUCGCCGAUCGGGGCAAUGGCUUCGCCAAACGCGGAUACGAGGACGCCAGGCAGACGUGGGUUCACUUAUCCGCCUUUCUUCAACGAAACCCACAGGACGCCAGAGAUUCUGAAGCGGAAUUACCGUCGGAGGCAAAUUCUGGAUCUUCAGGCACGACCUUAGACACUCCAAGCGCGACGAGAAAUAUGUCCUCUACUGCGGUCAAUGCUUCUGACUCGUACUUGCGGGCACCUCCAGCUGAUGAUCCUACUUUCGACUCCACCGUGGGUGGCGUCAGUGAACCGCUACUCCUGGACACGGAAUUAUUGGAUGAUUUUGCACAUUUCUGGAGCGGGGCAAUAGACCAUCAAUCGGGGACCAAUCUUCCUGAUGCGACUGGAUAUGGACCUUGGUCGACUGAUGAGCUACACCAGUGUUUGUAUCCUCUGUAUAGUAAUCCGAAUUUAGAUCUCACGGGGGGCGACAGAGAGGAUUUCAUCGAGUUUCGAAGAAGUGUGUUAGAUUUUUGA